AUGGAAACACACCAACAAAAAGGAGACACGAACCGACGCGCUGCAGCAACGCGCAAUGAGACCCACCAGCAGCAGCAGCAAGAGCAGCAGCAGCAGCAAGAACAGCAGCAGCAGCAGCAGGACGACUGCCAGGAGCACCCCAUAGUCACCAGCAGCAGCAAGAGCAGCAGCAGCACCCCCCCGCGGCACGCCCGCCACCUCCCGCAGCAGCCCACGAUCACCGCGAUCAUCAUCAUCAGCAUCAGCAGCAGCAGCAGCAGCAGCAGCAGCAGCAGCAGCAGUUCCGACCCGUCGAUGUGUUCUGCGCGCAUGUUGUCCGUGGGGAACUGCUGCAGGUAG